AUGGCCACGUUCUUCGGGGAGGUUUUGUCUGUGUUCAGCCGGGCAGUGGAUGAUGAGGAUGAAGAGCAGGAAGAGGACGAGGAUGAGGAGGACAGAGAGAUCAGGAGAGAGCUGGAGAAGAAAAGGGAAGUGACUCUGACUUGGAGCCCGGAGACCAGCGCGACCAUUGAGAACUCUCCUGACCACAGACUCGGCUGCUCCAGUCUGAUCCUGGCUGUUGGUGACAAUGCUACAGGGUUCGUUUCUUCCCAUAUCCUGAGCUCUGGGAGUUGGGAGGUAUCUGGAUCUAUCACAUUAUGGAAUGAGAGGUGUCGGCAGCAAGCGCCCGGAUCUGACAGCACCCCAUCUUCCUGCACCUUCUACCGCUGUAUCACAGACCCCACGGUGAUGCUGUGUCAGUGCUCCUGUUACGUGGCGGAAGACCAGCAGUUCCAGUGGUGUGAGAAGGUCCUCGGGUGUCUACAGAAAUCCACUUUAAAGGUGACUAUCCUGUCCACUUGCUCGGUGUCUGACUAUAAAACCACAGAAUCCACAUACAACCUCCCCGUGCCCUUCCUGAAGGCGCUGAAGACAAACUGUUACACCGACGGGACUCCUUGCGGCCCUCUGGAGCAGCCGAAUAUUGUGGAUGGGCUCCCUGCUGCCGUGAUGGCGUACUGUCAGGUAUGGGGGGAUCCCCGCCGUGUAUUACCAGUGCUACACCGACAUCACCAAACUGGACUCCGUCACCAUUGAGGCUUUCCGCCCAGUCCUGUCCUGUCAGAGCAUGAGCCUGCUGGUCGCGAAAACGGAAAACAUUGCAGAGACUCUGAAGAAGACGGUGAGAACUACUGAAGUUCAGAGCAACCUCUACAUAUAG